AUGGACGGCCUCCGGAAUGACGUUGCGGUUUCGGUCCUACUGAUGGUCCAAGCUCGUCGGUCUUGGCGGCGCGGGAGCUUUGCGAUAACACUCUCCGCAUCGGGCGUGAGCCACAUUAACAUGGCUCUGACAUCGUGGAAAGCGUUCAACUUCUUCGAUGCCUCUCUAGUGAAGCUUCCCGAAGAAAGCUCGUCCCUCCUUAAUUCCGAUAUAACUUGUCUAUCUACCGGCUCAGCGAAUGUCUUCCUUGGAUCUACCGAUGGAUUCGUCCACACCCUAUCCUCCUCUUUUAAAGCCGUACAAUCGUUCAAGGCCUCGGAAAGCGGAUCAAUCACGCAUAUAAAGCAGUUGGAGAAAACAUCACUUCUCGUAACUAUAGCGGAAGACCUGUUGAAUGAACCGGUAUUGAAGGUCUGGGCUCUCGAUAAACCCGAAAAGAAGACUGAUGCUCCGCGCUGCUUGUCAACGACAUCGGUGCAAAAUGCAAGGCGGUUAUUUCCCGUAUCCGCGUUCGCAACCCUCGGUGAUCUCUCUCAAGUGGCGGUCGGCUUUGGUAAUGGGGCGGUAACAAUCAUUCGCGGUGACUUAAUUCACGAUCGUGGAGCUCGACAACGUAUUGUAUUCGAAUCGGAAGAGCCCGUAACUGGGCUUGAGGUGCAAAGUGGGCCCGUAACAACACUAUAUAUCUCCACUACAAACCGGAUUCUGGCCUUGAUAAUUACAGGACGCGGACAAGGGCAACCGGCUCGUGUGUUAGAAGACACAGGAUGUGGAGUUGGUUGCAUGACAUUGGAUAGGGGCACCGGUGAUGUCCUUGUUGCUAGAGAAGAUGCGAUAUAUACGUACGGGCCUCAUGGACGUGGCCCGAGUUACGCAUUCGAGAGCCCAAAAAGCUCUAUCAGCAUAUUUAGGGAUUACGUGACACUUGUUUGCCCCCCUAGAGCCGGCUCCUCGAAAUCAGAUACGCUGCGAACCUUUGGCGUCGGUAAAGACGAAUUGUCUAGUACGGCUACCUUUACACUAUUAGAUACCGACCUCAAGUUCAUUGCCCACUCGGAAGCGCUUGUGUCCCCCGUGAAGUAUGUCUUCAAGGAGUGGGGUCAUUUGUUUAUUCUCACAACAGAUGGAAAGAUUUAUCGGUAUCGGGAGAAGACCCUCCAACAGAAGCUUGAGAUUCUCUACCAACGCAAUCUCUAUAUUCUAGCCAUUAAUCUGGCACAGAAGAUGGAGGUUGAUGCGCUCCAACAGAAUGCCAUUUACCGGAAGUAUGGUGAUUUUUUGUACCAGAAAGGGGACUACGACACAGCCAUGCAGCAAUACCUUCGGGCGAUUGACAAUACCGAGCCGUCACAGGUGAUACGAAAAUAUCUCGAUACACAGCGAAUCCACAACUUGAUAGAAUAUCUCGAAGAGUUACAUGACCACGACCGAGCCUCAGUUGACCAUACCACGUUGCUCUUGAACUGCUACGCGAAACUAAAAGAUACUAAGAAGCUAGAUGCGUUCAUCAAGGCUCCCGGUGAAUUAAAGUUUGAUCUGGAGACAGCCAUUGCUAUGUGCCGACAAGGUGGCUACUAUGAACAAGCUGCAUACCUGGCCACAAAACACGGAGAAAACGACAUGGUUGUGGAUAUCUUGAUCGAAGACUCCAAGAGAUAUGCGGAAGCCUUGGAAUAUAUCUGGCGAUUAGAGCCCGAAUUGGCCUACCAUAACCUCAUGAAAUACGCACGCGUUUUACUUUCCAAUUGUCCUUCGGAAACAACAGAGCUUUUUAUUGACUAUUAUAAAGGCACGUAUGCACCAAGGACACAGCAGGUCGAGCCUCUCCCAGAGCCUCAAGCUCAGCAAAAUAAUACUUUACAAAAUUUAGCAGCCUUCCUUCCCUUGCCUCUAAUGAAUGCUGGUGCUGGUGCCAAGGCAGAGAAGGUUGAGGCCCCGCCAGUCUUGGAAGACAAGGAAUCUCAACAAGUCAAAGAGUAUCGGGUUCCUAAGCCACGGACAGCAUUCUCUUCUUUCGUUGGCCACUCGCAGGAGUUCAUAACAUUUUUAGAGGCACUCAUUAGCAAAGAGAAUCUCAAGGAAGAGGACAAGGUGGAUCUCUAUACCACCCUAUUCGAGAUGUAUUUGGAUACAGCAGGACGGAAGAAAGAUACCGCUGAGGUGGAACAUUGGCAAAACAGGGCCAAGAAAUUGAUUGAGGGCAAAGAUAUUCCUAUUUCGACCUCCAGUGUUCUGCUUCUCUCUGACCUGUCAGGCUUCAGGGAAGGAUCGACCCUUGUACGAGAGCAAGCAGGGCUUCGUUCCGAUAUUUUCCGAUCUUUCACUGCUGCGAAAGACACCCAGGGGGCUAUCAAAGCAUUGAAAAAAUACGGCCCAGAGGAGCCUCAGCUCUAUGUUGACGCUUUGACAUAUUUUGCCUCGAGCCCUCAAAUUCUUGAGGAGGCUGGAGAUGAAUUAGAUACUGUUCUGAAACGUAUCGACGAGGAUGGUCUUAUGUCCCCACUCCAAGUAAUCCAGACACUCAGCAACAAUGCAGUCGUUACUAUGGGGCGAGUCAAGAAGUACUUGAGUGAUAAUAUCGAGCGAGAACGCAAGGAAAUAUCAUCUAAUCGCCGUCUCAUAUCAAGCUAUACCGCUGAAACCGAAAGUAAGAUGCAAGAACUCGAACAACUAGGGACAAAGCCGGUUGUCUUUCAGGCACGUCGCUGCAUGUCUCCUUCCUGUGGCGGAGCACUUGACCUCCCUACAGUCCACUUUCUUUGCAAGCACUCUUUCCACCAACGCUGUCUAAAUAAAGUAGGCGAGGAUGCGGAAUGCCCUCUUUGCGCCCCAGAGCAUUCUACCAUUAAAGCCAUCCGAAGGCGACAGGUGGAAUCCGCCGAUCAGCACGAUCUGUUCAAGGAGGAGCUGCAGCGGUCCAAGGGUCGGUUUGGUGUGAUCAGUGAAUUUUUUGGAAGAGGAGUAAUGCGGCCGCAGAGCACGAUGGAGUGA